AUGGCUGCAGAAACAUGGGACGGCGUUCCCCUUGCCCCGCCAGACAGUAUCUUCAAGCUCACUGCGGCAUAUAAAACGGACCUGCACCCACACAAGAUCAACCUUGGGGUGGGCGCGUAUAGAGACGACAACAGCAAGCCGUGGGUGCUGCCCGUCGUUAAGAAGGCGACUAAGAUCCUGCUGAAUGAUCCCGCGCUCGACCAUGAGUACCUCCCGAUCACUGGACUGCCCGAGUUCACCGACUCGGCCGCGCGCCUCAUUCUAGGACCAGAUUCGCCUGCACUGGCGCAAAAACGCGUCACGAGCGUGCAGACUAUCUCUGGCACGGGCGCGAACCACCUCGGCGCGCUCUUCCUGAGCAGGUUCUACAACUGGAACGGCGAGAAGCAGGUCUUCUUAAGUGACCCUACGUGGGUAAACCACUUCGCGAUAUUCCGCGGCGUGGGCGUAAAUCCACUUACGUACCCGUACUACGACGCGCGCACGAUCGGGUUGGCGUUCCCUCAGCUCCUUUCUACCCUGCGCGACGCGCCAGCCGGCUCCGUGUUCCUUCUCCACGCAUGUGCACAUAACCCGACCGGUGUCGACCCGACGCGCGCGCAGUGGGGCCAGAUCGCGGACGCGAUGCUCGAGAAGGGUCAUUUUGUGUUUUUCGACUGCGCCUACCAGGGCUUCGCGAGCGGCGACUUGGACGCGGACGCGUGGGCGGUGCGCGAGUUCGUGCGGAGGGACGUCCCGUUGUUGAUCUGUCAGAGUUUCGCGAAGAAUGCGGGGUUGUAUGGUGAGCGCGUCGGCGCGCUGCACGUCAUCGCGCCGACGGAGGAGGCCGCGACCCGCAUUAAGAGCCAACUGUCUGUCCUCACGCGCAGCGAGAUUAGCAACCCGCCUGCGCACGGUGCGCGUCUGAUCGCGCUGAUUCUGAACGACUCUGCGCUGUUUGAGGAGUGGAAGCGUGACAUCCGGACGAUGGCCGGGCGGAUCAUCGCUAUGCGCAAGGAGCUGCGUAGGCUGUUGACUGAGGAGCUGAAGACGCCCGGAAAUUGGGACCACAUCGUGAACCAGAUUGGGAUGUUCAGUUUCACUGGGAUCAGCGCGGAACAGAGCCAGGCGCUGACGGACAAGACACAUAUCUAUCUGACGACGAACGGGAGGAUAUCGAUGGCGGGUUUGAACAGCCACAACAUACGGUACUUUGCGGAGAACCUAGACAAAGUGGUGCGGGGCCAGUUGUAG